CGACGCCCGCUCGCAGGGUGAGCCCCGCGCGCCGGCGCCUCGCAGGGCAGGGACCCCGGGGCCGAGCGCGCCGCCGGGACCCCGCCCGUGCCCGCGCGCCGGAGCGAGCCAGGAAAAUUAGUCUUCUCUGGAGGGUGAACGUUUAUAGCAUCGACUUCACGGAUCUGGUAACAUGGCAAAAGAUGCCGGUCUAAUUGAAGCCAACGGGGAACUCAAGGUCUUCAUAGACCAGAACCUUAGUCCUGGAAAAGGCGUGGUGUCCUUGGUUGCCGUCCACCCCUCCACGGUGAGCACGCUGGGGAAGCAGCUCCUGCCAAAAACGUUCGGACAGUCCAAUGUCAACAUUGCACAGCAAGUGGUAAUUGGUACGCCUCAGAGACCUGCAGCGCCCAACACUAUCGUGGUAGGAAGCCCACACACCCCUAACACUCACUUUGUCUCACAGAACCAGCCUUCAGACCCCUCACCUUGGUCUGCCGGGAAGCGGCACCGGAAAGGGGAGAAGAACGGGAAGGGCCUGCGACACUUCUCCAUGAAAGUCUGUGAGAAGGUGCAGAGGAAGGGGACCACGUCCUACAACGAGGUGGCUGACGAGCUGGUUGCCGAGUUCAGUGCCGCCGACAACCACAUCCUACCGAAUGAAUCUGCUUAUGACCAGAAGAACAUAAGACGACGAGUCUAUGACGCCUUAAAUGUGCUGAUGGCCAUGAACAUCAUCUCUAAGGAGAAAAAGGAGAUCAAAUGGAUUGGUCUGCCCACCAACUCGGCUCAGGAAUGUCAGAAUCUAGAGGUGGAGCGGCAGAGGAGGCUGGAAAGGAUAAAGCAGAAGCAGUCUCAGCUUCAGGAGCUCAUCCUGCAGCAAAUUGCCUUCAAGAACCUGGUGCAGAGGAACCGCCAGGCAGAGCAGCAAGCCAGCCGGCCGCCCCCCCCAAACUCGGUCAUCCACCUGCCUUUCAUCAUCGUCAACACCAGCAAGAAGACUGUCAUCGACUGCAGCAUUUCCAAUGACAAAUGGCAGGUGACUCCCUUUCUGGGGGUGACUGUCCCCAGGUUCGAGUACCUGUUCAACUUUGACAACACGUUUGAGAUCCACGACGACGUUGAGGUGCUGAAGCGCAUGGGAAUGGCCUGCGGCCUGGAAUCUGGCACCUGCUCUGCCCAGGACCUGAAGACAGCGAGGAGCCUGGUGCCCAAGGCACUGGAGCCCUACGUGACAGAGAUGGCUCAGGGAUCGAUCGGAGGGGUGUUCGUCACAUCGGUGUCCACCUCCAACGGCACGAGGCUUUCUGCCAGCGACCUGACCAAUGGUGCGGAUGGCGUGCUGGCCACGAGCUCCAGCGGGUCCCAGUACAGCGGCUCCCGGGUGGAGACCCCCGUGUCAUACGUCGGGGAGGAUGAGGAGGAGGACGACGACUUCAAUGAGAAUGAGGAGGAGGACUGACACCCACGGCCGGCCCUCACAGUCCGCGUCGGGAGAGACUGCUUUUGGUGUGGGCUGGGUUCCUCCUUGGCCCCUCCCGAGGAGACGCCAGAGCGGGCGAGGGCUGCGUUCCGUGGGGGCUUGGGGCGCGCUGGGGCGCUGGCCACGACACAGGGCCUCUCUCUGCUGUCCAGGAUCUUGUUUGCGUUGUCUGUCUGUAGCUCAGAGUUCACUUUGCCCCUUGGUUCUUGCUGAGUGUGCCUCCUCCCACAGCCCGCCGGCAGCCGCGGACGGUGCCGGCCGAGCCCUGCUCUUCAGCCUUGGGCCACGAAUUGUAUUAGGACUUUAUUUUCCCUUAAAUUAUAUUGACUGUGUGACUCCCAUCAAGUUCGUUCAUUUUUUUUUCCUCUAUGUUGCAGCAAAUUGCGAAGUUCUUUAUUUGUUUUUGUUUUGUUUGGUAAAAGUUCACUGCCGUGCUGGUGCAGCUACGAAAACUGGAGGGCUUGGAGCGGCGUGCGGCUUGCGGUGAGGCCUGCCUGAUUUCUCACAGGCAGCGUCUGCAGACUUAACUAUAUAGUUGUUUACACACCUACACGUCUGUCGUCUAAAGACGCAAACGGAAACAAACGUCGUAUUUGUUUCAUGAGCAUCUUCCUAUAAUCUACGAUAAAGUUGACAUUAAAUAUAGAGAAUGUUCUAACAGUUUUUUAACUCAAAAUUUGUCAAUCAUUUUUAAUAGUUCUUUUUUUAUAAAAAGAAACGGAAUUUCAGGACAGGCAGUAGUCCCUUUUAAAAUUUAUUCACAAAGAACCAUUAACCGCACAGUUGCUGUUAGCUGCCUGUUCUACAACAAUAGUCUUUUUAUUGAAACACAAAUAAACUUUUCUGUAAUAUUUUAUGGAAUAUAAAGAGACUUUAAUUGUUUGACUUGUUUAACUCGGCACUGUUAGUUUUUAUUAAUAAAACGCGCAUGGGCAUUUUAAACCA